AUGGCAUCCCAAGGACACUCCAAACAGCCAUCUUACUUUAAGACACUACCAGAGGAUAUCAUUCGAUCCCCAGCAGGUGUGUCCUGGAUCCCAAACUCACGGUUCCCAACUAUUGCCCCAAUCAAUGCGUCCACCUAUAAGAGUGUGUACGAGAGAGCAGGGUUUGAUGUCUACAAACCGCCGGUGCAUCAACAUGGCCGUCGUCAAGCGGGAGUGCAAGACUCGAGGUCGGUAUCGAUGUCGCAAAUCACAAGUCCCAAACAGCCGGGUACGAAAUUCACUCAGUUCUCCAAUAAGAGCGAUGGUGUGUUUGGAAACUCUGCCCGUACGAAUGUUCGGUCAGUGACGAGUCCUGUACAAUCGUCACUCACCCCAUUGCCCUCUCCAGGGAAUACUCCAACAAAUUCAAAGUUUCCAGAGUCCGCACAGCUGAAAACAUCUCCAUCAGAAGACGUAUCCAAGCCGACGCAGCUGGAGACACCUGUCUCAACGCCUCAGAAUACAACAGCUAACGACUUGACAACGGUUCCUCUAAACGGAACCUCCAGUUACUCCCCAACAAAUAAUAGGCCUUCUGAGCCAGUGGACGAAGACGAAGAAUCACAUACUAGCACGUGUGUCUUUGAUCCUGAAGUGAAGAGUGAAUCAGUGAGUGUGACUUCUGUGAAGGAUUUCAAACUUGAAGACGAUCCAAGUGUAAUCGAAACCGUUGAGGAUGAUCUAAACUUGACAUCGGAUGAAGAUCAAGAUGAAUACAAGACUGCAAGUGACGAUGAAAGCGAAGAUCAGGAGGAACUUGAUGACGAUCUGAAUCUUUCUGAUGAAGAAUCUUACCCACCAUCAAUGCAGAGUGCUGUGCUGUCUCCUCUUAUUGGACGUGAUGAUGCUACAAGUGAUAAGUCUCUCCCACAGUCGAUUGUCUCUUCACCAAAGGAUACCCAGAGUGACCUGGUAGAACCUCAAAUAACUCAAUUUGUGAACCAGGUGCCAACGUUCGACAUCAGUCCACCAGAGGUUGAAGACGAUUUCAACAAUUAUCAACCACCUGUGGCGAAAUCUUUCAAUCGUGAUAGUGGUGUAUCUAGGGCUGCAAGCUCGAUAUACUCUGAAGCACCUAUGAUUUCUGAGUCCCCAGAUUUCACCUUUGCCCGUGAACGCAUUACUGAAGAUGGUUAUGAAGACAUUGAGGAUACCACAACAGCUGCAUUUGAAGAAGUUACGAGGGAACUGGAUGAUUUAACCAUGAGUUCUGUUUCAUCGAAACUUCGUAAUAGUAAUAGGACAUCGAAGGAUCGUUUAUCAUAUCUUUCACAGCUGCAAAAGACCACGAGUGACCUUGAUUCAGUACCUCAGUCGCCAUUGUUCUCAGACAUUCCAAAACGUCAUGCGGAGAGCGGUGGAUUGUAUAGCCGACCACGAGAGAGACCUGAUGACACGGUUAUAAACAAGGAAGAGGUCAAAUAUCCACCUGGUGAAGGACCUUGUCGGAAAUGUCAUCUUGAAAUCAUCAAGAAGAGAAUUUAUUCGAAAUCUGGAGAACUCAGUGGGCAAUGGCACCGUGAAUGCUUCACAUGUACAGUGUGUGAUAUUCAAUUCAACAAGCAGAUUGCGUGUUUUGUGCUGGAUGAUUUACCUUACUGUGAACAUCACUAUCAUCUAACGAAUGGCUCUCUGUGCCAGGUGUGUGAUCAAGGUAUUGUUGGUCAGUGUCUUGAGGGGGACAAUGGUGACCGCUAUCAUGUUGAAUGUCUUAAAUGUACCGGAUGUGGAAGUCACAUUGACCAAGAUUACAUGACCGUUAACGGGAAAGUAUAUUGUGAGCCGUGCACAACUGCAUUUUUGAACGGACAAGGAACAGAGACGCUUAGAUCUAAUGAUAAGAUCGAGAGAAGAAGAACAAGGCUUUACUUCAUUUAA